GUGCGGAAGAAAGUUGUCGUUCGGCGGAACGUUUCCCGCCAAAUCGCCAGGCUAUUUUUCUGCAUGUGAGUGUGGCUGUGGCUUUGCUGUGUAUGUGUGUUUAGGUCAGUUUGUGGGUCGCGCACCUCUGUUUCACGAUGGGACUCUCAAGUGAAGGCGAUCAGGAGAUCAGAGCGCUUUUCCAAGAAGUGUGCUCUAGCCUGAAUAUGGACCGCAACACAUCGGACCAGGCUUUACACACAUACGAGAGCAUCAGCGUGAACUACACACUCGAGGGUGACAACCUUCACUGGAUUGCCUGUGCGCUGUAUGUUGAGUGUCGAAAUGGAAAUAUCCCUACUGUGGCUCACUCCUCACAUAUUGAGGGAAACUGCGUGUCACUCACAAGACUCCUCUCAACCUGCAAGAUUAGCUUGCUUGACUUCUUUACCAAGAUGAAGAAGUGGGCCGACAUGGCCAACCUGAAUGAGCGCAUGCGACGACGGAUUGAGACCAUAGAGAAAAGCUUUUGUGUGACGGCAAAGAUCUAUGAGAAGUAUGUCGGUAUCUUCGCUGCUGUGUUCAAGGAACCACAGGUCGAAGCACCGCGGCGACUCACCAAGGGAGCGAAACGGAGAGUGCACAGGCCUUCUAUGUGCACGUCAAAUGACAUGUUCAAUUUCAUCUGGACACUCUAUGUCUACAUUAAAGGGCGCUUUUCUCAAAUCUGCUGCGACCUUGUGAACUGCUACCACCUGCUACUUUGCUGCAUAGACUACGGCUACUGCACUGCUGUGACUGCCAGGCGGACUGAAGACCUCCUGAAUCCCACCUUUUAUGAGGCUCAGCAGAAGAAGGCCCGAGAUGCCGAUAACCAAGACAUGGGAAUUAUCCGAGAGCUGGUGAACAAUCAUGAUGGAACCUUUGAGGAUGCUUCUGUCCUAAAGGCGCACCAUUUCAAGCACCCCAUCCAGAAGCUAAUGGAAGAAAAGGUCUUGCAAGGAGAUUUGCAGACGCUGACGCUACUCUUGGAGCCAACGGCAUUUUACAAGAGCAUGAAAAACCUGAACAAAACCUACGAAGAGCAUGUCCUCAAAGAGGGAGAACUGGACGAGCGCAUCUUCCUUGCCAGCGACGCUCACGAGCGCAUUGGCACGCCCAGGCACUUUGCGGACUCCGUGCAACGCGAGUUGCACAGGCCCAGGAUGCCAGGCAUUGUCAACUUCCAGAAGCUCGAAGUGCAGCCGCUUUUGACGCCGCUCACGGGCCGGGGCAAUCUGCACAACAGGGAGGCAAUUAAUCGUAGUCCAGUCUCGACGGCCACGCAGUGCGCCAGUAAGCUUCAGGCGCUCCUGGCAGGCUGCAAGAAUGCCGCCAGCAAGGAGCUUCAGGCACUCUUCGGUGAAUUUGAUUCAACGUUGGAGACGAGCAUUCAAGAGACGGUCAAAGAGAUGGGCGACAUCUUUUGCGAAGCCUUUGCCCAACCUGUGUCUGACCAGCGGGGAGGCAGCGCCCACAUGGACUUCGCACGCAAACGGCUGCAGCUAGGCGAGACCUUGUUUUUCAAGGCACUGGAGAACAUCAUUGCCAUUGAAAAGAAGCAGCAGAAACCGAACACCGACCUGUCGGCCCACCUAUGCCACACUGUGUUUCAACAGUCACUCUUUGCCUGCUGUCUGGAGAUUGUCAUGUUUUGCUACAACUCUCAAAGGGAUUUCCCAUGGAUCCUGGAAAUCUUUGGUCUUGUGCCCUACAACUUCUACAAGAUAAUCGAGCCACUCAUUCGGGCUGAAGAGGGCCUUUGGCGGGAGGUUGUCAAGCACCUGAAUCAUAUUGAAGAGCAGAUCCUGGAAUGCUCAGCAUGGAAAGAGGAGUCACCUCUUUGGGAAGCCAUUGUAUCUGCACAGUCAGUUCCUGCAUGCAAAGAGGUGCUGCUUCGGCGACAGAUUGAGACCUUUCAAGAGCCCGAGUCGAAUGAUGGCAAUGCUGCGCCAGCUGCUGCUUCUUCCUUGGCUCACUUAUCAAUAAGAGGUCUGAAGGGUGACCAAGACGGUGCCCAGAUGAUGAGGAGGGACCUUCCACUUUCACCUGUGUCACUGGCUGAGCGGUUCCAGUCUCCCGGAAGCACAGUUCGCCGAAGGCUGUUUGCGUCAAGCAGUCUCACAAACAGUGGCGUCAGCUCCGUGCAACUGGUCAAGUCGGAUGCAGCUUCUGGUGGCCAGAUGCGCACAGUGUCCAUCACAUUGCAGCCGGUUCCAGGUGCUUGCAUCUCUGGAUUCUCGGCUGGAGAAAACAAAGCCCCUGUCCAAAUUGCAGAAGGCUCUCGACCCAACGUCAUCACCGUCACUUCAGCCUCUGAGGCUGCGGAAGGCAAUAAGCCAGUUCGUUCUGGCUCCCUUGCACUGUUCUUCAGAAAGGUGUAUCACCUUGCUGGGGUUCGCCUUCAAGACUUGUGUGACAGGCUAGGCAUCCAGCAAAAGGACAUUCGCCUCAAGAUUUGGACCUGCUUUGAGCACUCCAUUGUGAACCACAUUGAACUCAUGAAGGACCGGCACCUAGACCAACUCAUUCUCUGUGCGGUGUAUGUCAUCACGAAGGUGACAAGAGUGGAGAAGAGCUUUCAAGAGAUACUGCAGUGUUAUCGGCAGCAGCCGCAGAACAAGAGUCAUGUCUAUCGCAGUGUCCUGCUAAGGAAGAGCGCCGGUCACAGUGACCACAGUAGCCGCACUGGCUCGAACUCCAGCUCUCCCGUGACAGUGGAAAAUGAGGACGGGGAGUCGAAACGAACGGAGCAUCUGAGCUCGACACGCUCGUCUAGUACGCUGCCGUUGCUUCCUCCCAACAGCCAGCCUCCUACACCUACCCGCUUGGCUGGCACAGCCACUCAGUUUGAGUUUGAUGAGCGUGGCGACAUCAUCAAAUUCUACAACGAGAUCUAUCGCAAAAGGAUGACAACAUUUGCCACAAAGUUUUCACCAGAUUCAAACAAGAAUGAGGCAAUGUGCCUAACGCCACUUCCCCGGUCCAAGUGCAUGCUCAACUCGCCUCGGCGGAGGGUGUCUUACAACCGGGAUGUCUUUGUGUCGCCACUAAAAGCUGGCUCCUACCCUGUCUCGCCCAAGCAUCACACCUACCACUUCAACCAAAGUCCUGCCAAGGAUCUGCGUGCAAUCAACCAAAUGGUGCAGGGCAGUGACAAUGUAAGCAAGCGCCUUCUGCACGAGGAUGAUGCGUCGGAUGAUGACGCUCCGCCGACCAAGCGCUGCUUCUUUAAGAAGAUACAGACAGUCAUCAAGGAGCGCCAGGAUGUUUGUGGGACGAGUAGUGUUGAUACCUGAACGACACGGCUCAUGCGCUGCUUCGUUCAAUGGAUCUUUGUACUGUUUUAUUUAAAGUCUUCUUUUCAUAGCUUUCGUUUUUUUGACAAGUUGAGAAAAUUGGUUAGCUUAACUUGACUUGUUGCGUAGCACUGGUUUUCUUUUCCCCACUUGAGCAGUGUGUCUUUUGUAGAUGUGUUUGUGUAUGCUCUUGUAAGUACAAGUAUCCUUUGAGGCUCUUUUGAGCCACCGUUCACUACUACCGACAAUGACGGCUGUAACCGCGCAACUUGCAGAAAGCGUAGGCACAAUGGUUGUCACAUGGGCGCAUGUUUAGUUUGAAUCACUCUUUUUUUUUUUUUUAAUUCUGCUUGCUCUUUGUAAAACAAAGUCUCAAUGCUUAUAGAGUGCACUGAUCACUUAUGCCAACUAUACAGAAAAUUGUGACCCUUUGAUUGGCAUUUGCGGAAAGUUAAUAAUGGCUUUUUUUUUGCCAUUAUUAGCUUGGUUUGUUGAAUUGUGGUGUCAAUUUGAUGUACCUUAGAGGCCUUCAUUUCUUGUUUUGCUUGUUUGGUAGGAGGUCAGGUUAUAUGCAUUUCUGCUCUUAUUUUUUAUGUUUCUGUGCAGGAGCUUUUUUGUUGCAUUUGCACUUCAUUGGGCUUGUCUGUUCUUGUUUCCCUUUAUUUUAUUCUGUUCAUCACUAUUUGGGUAACUAGUAUAUAACAAAAACUCCAGAAGAGACAUCUUGGCCAGCAUUUAACAAUACUAACCUGUGCUGUUCUUUUUAGUAUGCAAUGGUACAUUCCAUUGGCUGGUCUCAAAAUACAGUUUGUUGAAUGGUGCUUUUUCCCCUUAAUUGCUUAACUGUACCCGGGCUAAUAGUAGUUGCCUACACCUUCAGUAAAAAGGCUUUUACAAAUUCCUUUUAACUGAUCACAGACUGUAUGGUAGUUUCUCUGGUCACUUUUGUAUAGCAAGCCAUUCCUUUAUUUAGGGAUACUAACCUUGCAAGUUUACUUGUUUCAAGUUUUCUAUUGCUGAUAGUUACAAUUAGUUAUAUGUUCAGGCACGUGUGCUGCGACAUGAACAUAUGCUUUCGGGAAAGCAAGAGAUGCCAGACUUAAGUGGGAUGAACGGGAGGAUAGUUGGGGGGCUUUAUAAAUGCUGUGUGACGGUUGGUUUGGAGCUGUGCUUUGAGUUUUAACCUUCCUUUGGGUGCAGCAUAGCCUUAGAACUUGUAGUUGAGGUAUGCUAUAAUUAGGGUUCCGCAUUUUCGGUUUCUAUUUCUUCAAAAUUUGGCAUACUUUUUUCGGUGUUUAUUUUAAAAUUAAAUUUUUGGUUUCUUUCGGCGUAUAUUUAUGCCCGCAAAAUUUUAUCUGCUUUUUUAAAAAGAAACAAGAAAAGAAAAAAAAAAACAGAAGUACAAACAAAUCAGAUAUGAAGACUAUGCCCAAAAAACAUGGAACUUCACCUUCUGUACAUCAGGAUUACGUGAUCUUAUUAUAGUACGCGCACACAUGUGCUUUCCCAGGUUCUCCUCGUUGAUCCACAGUCUUUCUUUCCUGUUAAUAUGACCCUGAGCUUCGAGAAUGCCCUCUCAACGCUAACACUGGACACUGGCAGGCUGAAGGGAUGAAGCGCUGCUUGAGCCAAAAUCGGCCAAUCAACCAAUUGUGACUGUCGAAAGAGAGGUGUGACGUUUUGAAGCACAACACAACAUGCAGAGCUUGCAUCAAGUCAGUCUUCCUUACAACAAAUUUGAAAACGCACUCGUGCAUGGCGAAGUUAUGGGGCAUUUCGGACUUCAAGUUCCGAUCGAUGAUGCGCACAUUAAACUAAAACAUUGUGAUGGCACCCCUGUAUCCCAUACAUUCGGACACGUUUCGAUAGACACUGUUGUUCCACUUUUUUGCCACGGUUCUGCGGUACGACUGGAAGGUCAGAGUGACCUUUUCUGGUUAAAACUGGAUUUUAGAAAAUGGAUUCGACAUACUUUUAUCGCUUUUUAUCCGUUUAAAUCGAAAAUGUCGAACCUAAAAACUGACUUUUUUCGGUUAAAACCGAAUUUUCGAAAAUGAAAUCGGCGUACUUUUAUCGGUCUUUAUCGGUUUAAACCGAAAACUCCAAACCCUAGCGAUAAUAGGCAACUCGUUGCCUUUUUAAAUUCAACUAGACAUACUACCAAUAUAUACAGAAUGUAUAAGCUGCUUGUGCACAAUUUUUUUAAACUAUCCUAAUUUUAUGGGACAUUUGGUCCAUUCUUGGCUGGCAUUUGACAAAUAUGGGCAACUUCUUUUCAAACAUAUUAAACCAUUUCAACUGCUACUUUUGGCAUAAAGUGUUGGACAUAAUAUCACUAUAAAGUAUGUCAGUCAACACUGUCUUAGAGCUUGUUUCUUCAUCUAGGUUUUAAUUAGUUUAGACCACCAACAUCUUGCAGGUGCCCAACAUAUCUGUUAAAAUAGUUCUGAUAGUCCCAACUGUGUGCAUUAUUUUAGUGUUCUAUGUUUUUUCGUUUGUGUUUGCUAUGUGUGGCAUUUGGUUGAAUUCCAGCUUCAUCUGUGCAACAGGUGAUAGAUUUUUUCUUUUUUUUUUUGCAUUUAAUGUUUUGUUGCAUGGUAAUAUUUUUGCUAUAGUAGUAUAAUUCUAUGGGACCUCCUUUUUUUGGUUCUGCAUGUUUUCAAUAUUUUUUUAAAACAAUAUUUACUUGAUAGGACAAGAAAUUGUGACCUGUUUAAUCACAAUUUGGACUGAUAAAAAACAAAAAUGUUUUAAGCAGUCUGGAGUUUUGGGUGGAGAGUUUUGGAAUUGUGGGACAUGCCUUGCUAGAUGUUUUGCAAUUGCUUAGAAUAGUGUUUUUCUUGUGUCUUGCAUUGAGCGUUUUUGCUCUGAACUAUGUGUGUUUUUUUUUUGUUUUUUUUAGCAAAAUUUUAACUGUGUGCUUGCAUGUUAUGUUAGGGAUUAUACCUUGUGCCUUCAAGUGUAUUGACUUUGCUUAUUGCUGUUUUGACUGCAGUCCAAUCUGUCCCUGUCUUUGCCUGUUACUAAAAAUUUACUUAAUCCUUUUUUUUUUUUUAAGGGCCUCAAAAUUUUAGAUUUCCUUGAAGUACCCAGAAUGUAUUCAGAGUGUAUGCACUAGAGUUAUGAGAACCGAUUGCAAAGGAAAAUAAAUCUAUCUGGAUGCUGCCUUUGCCAGGACCUUGCAGUACAUUGUUAUGUAAACAUUCGUUGUUUAUUUUAGCACAACCCACUAAAAAAAAAUAUAGUACAUGUGAGCAGCCUGUGCUUUAUUGCUUGCAGUACAUUUCCUUCAAAUUGCCGGCUACUAAGGUACCCAGAAGUUUAGUGCUGUGUGUACUAUUUACUUUUGAGUCUCAUGCUACCAUAUGAAUAAAUGUUGUAAGUAUUGUACCAA